AGGGCUGACUACUGGAAAUCUCAGCCUAAGAAAUUUUGCAUGUAUUGCAAGUGUUGGAUUGCUGACAAUAAGCCGAGUAUUGAGUUCCAUGAGCGGGGAAAAAAAACCACAAAGAAAAUGUUGUCAAGAAAAUCAGUGAGAUUAAACAAAAAAGUGUGGCCAAAGCCAAGGAAGCUGAGAAGAUGUCAAAAGAAUUUGCAGCCAUGGAAGAAGCAGCAUUAAAGGCAUAUGAAGAAGAUCUGAAGAGGCUUGAGGGCACAAAACCAGCUCCUAUAGCUCCUGUAGGGCCAACAAUUGAGGAGAGAAGAGCACGUGAUGAACAAAAAAGGAAAGAAAUAGAAGCUCUAGAAAAACACCAUGCUAAAAAACAGUGGACAAAGGCAUUCUCUGGUGAAGGAUACCCAUACUACUACAAUACACUGACUGGAGAGACUCAGUGGGAGGUGCCAGAUGGAUUCCAAGAGAGCGAGAACCAGUCUGAAGAGCAAGGAGAAAAAUCUGUGUGGGUAGAAGGUGUAUCUGAAGAGGGUCAUACAUACUACUACAAUACUGAAACAGGAGAAUCCAAGUGGGAGAAACCAGAGGACUUUGAUUGUGGUCUUUCAUCUAAAGAAGAACAAGAAAGUUCCCCUGACAAACAAGACACAGCUGCAGAGGAAGAAGCUGACAGUGUGGCGUUAAAAACUGAGACAUCAUCAGAUGAGUCCAGCCCAUCAGAGGAAGCCAUAUCCACACCUUUAGCAACAAAAACUCCUAAAAUCAGUUUCCGGAGUAAAAAGGAAGAGAAAAAAGAUGAGACGCCUGAAUCGGAUAGUAAAGAAGAAGACCAUGAAGUCAAGCAGGACACUGAAGAAGAUGAUUCCUCUCAGAAACUUCCCAGCCGAAGGCCAAAAAAGGCAAAUCCAUAUGGGGCAUGGGAGGAAGUUAAACUGGAGGAAGACCCAUAUGAGAAUGUGGAUUUAGAGCUUCCAAAUAUUGAAUAUGAUGACCCACAAGCUUCAAUACCUGACCUCCCACAGGAGCCAAAAGUGAAUUUCAAGGAGAAGACCAUCACCUCUCUUGGGGACACAGUAGCUGGGGUUUCGGUUUUCAAAAAAAGGAAGCUGGAAAAUGUAAAAUCCCGUAACAUACGCCAGAGACUAAAUGAUCAGUAA